UGAACAUGGAUAUCAAACAAAGGCAAAUCUUCAUCUUGAAGUUGUUGAACCACGUGACGGAACCUGUUAUGUACAAGGAAAUCGAGGAUAUUGGCAAGAAUUUCAAGAUUGAAGACAACGUCGAAUUUUACACUAAAACCGAUGUUGUGAAGACCUUUGUCAAUAUGGUUAAGAUCGGUACGCUGCCACGAGGUGAAGUUUUCACUCUGCACGUCGACCGCCAGCUGAAGGAAGUUGUUAACAUGUUCCACCUUCUGUACUACGCUAAGGACUUCACCACAUUCAUCAAGACCGCUUGCUGGAUGCGUCUUUACCUCAACGAAGGCAUGUUUGUAUACGCUCUCACUGUUGCUGUCAGACACCGCACUGACUGCAAAGGCAUCAUCCUUCCUCCUCCCUACGAAAUCUAUCCUUACUACUUCGUACGCGCCGACGUCAUCCAGAAGGCUUACUUACUCAAAAUGAGGAGAGGACUCCUUGAUCUCAAGCUCUGCGACUUCUACGGCAUUAAAAAGACUGAGAAAGACGUAUACAUCAUUGAUGAGAAUGUAUAUGACAAACGCGUGAACUUAAACGUAGAAGACAAGCUCCGAUACUUCACUGAAGAUAUUGACUUAAACACUUACUAUUACUACUUCCACAUUGACUAUCCGUUCUGGAUGAAGGAUCAGAUUUACGACAAAUUCAAUGUCAGACGUUUCGAGCUUACGCUGUACAUGUACCAACAAAUCCUGGCUAGAUACUACCUUGAGCGCUUGUCCAACGGAUUAGGUAAAAUUCAUGAACUGUCCUGGUACAAGCCCAUCCAAAAGGGAUACUGGCCAUGGCUGAAGCUUCACAACGGUGUUGAAAUCCCAGUAAGGUUCAACAACUACGUUAUUGCUAGAGACGACAAUGUUGACGUCAUCCGUCUUUGCGAGGACUACGAAAUGAUCAUUAAGGAAGCUAUCAUCAAAGGAUUCGUCGAAAUCAACGGUUUAAGAUACGAAUUGACAAAGGCUGACGACGUUGAAGUUUUGGGCAAACUGAUCUUCGGCAAGAUGGACAAGAAUGAAAUGGACUACAAACAUGUUGAUGCUUACCGUUACCUGCUCAUCAUCAUGAAGUCAUCUCUUGGCCUUAAUUACUUCAACAGUGACAAGUACUUCGUCGUUCCUUCCAUCCUGGACUUCUACCAGACCGCUCUUCGUGACCCAGUGUUCUACCAACUGCAGAAGCGCAUCGUUGACUUAUUGAUCCUGUUCAAGAAACGCCUACCUUGCUACAACAAGGAUGACCUCUACUUCCCUGGAGUCAAGAUCGACAACGUAGUUGUUGACAAACUUGUUACCUACUUCGAUGACUACCUGAUGGACAUGACCAACGCUGUUAUUCUGAACGAGGAUGAACUUAAAAAGACUAGCUCAGACAUGGCAUUCUUCGUCAGAAAACGCCGUCUUAACCACCAGCCAUUCAAAGUCACCCUUGAUGUGCUUUCCGACAAGGCUGUAGACUGUGUCGUGAGGAUCUUCUUGGGACCGAAGGAGGACCACCUGGGCCGCCUCAUCGAUAUAAACGUCAACCGCCUCAACUUCGUCGAGAUGGACACGUUCAUUUACAAACUUAACACCGGAAAGAACACGAUUGUGAGGAACUCCUAUGACAUGCACAACCUUGUCCGCGACAGAAUCAUGACACGCGACCUCUGGAAGAAGGUUGACACCAUCACUGACAUGAGGGAUAUGCUCAUAAAGGACCUAAGGAACUACCACACUGGCUUCCCGACCAGGCUCCUGCUACCUAAAGGUUUCGUUGGUGGUAUGAAGAUGAUGUUCUACGUCAUCGUGACUCCUCUGAAGUUGGUAGAUAACGUUGACAUGUCUAUACUGGACACAACACGUAAGGACCUGUUUGUGGACUUCAGAUCGACUGUCUUGCUGGACAAGAUGCCGCUUGGUUUCCCUCUGGACCGUCAUAUUGAUGUGUCGACCUUCUACACGCCCAACAUGAAGUUCGUUGAUGUGGUGAUCUUCCACAAAAAGCAAGUGUGCGACAUGAGGACCCGAUGGGACCGCUGGGUGCUGAGGAACUACAACAUGGUAGACCGUACGCCCAUCAAUUCUGACACGUAUUUUGUUGACACUGAUGUUCACAUGAACAUUAACACUAAAGUCGACAGCAAUGUCAGCGUGUUCGAUUUGUAAAUAUAAUCAGCAUCACUUACUGCAAUACUUUGUGACCAUGGCGAAAAUAGCAUCCUAAAAAA